CUGCGUUCGUAACUCCGGAGCGGCGAACGGUUUCGAUUCUCUUUUAGCUGGCUCGAGCCUCUCCAAACUCUGUCCUCUCCACCUCUUCAUCAUCGUCAUUUUCUCGCCGUCUUUUUCUCGUACAAAAACAAUUGUAAAAAUCCAACCGCCACAAUGGUCAAGGCUGUUACUAUCCUCCGAGGAGACGCAAAGGUCUCCGGCACCGUCAUCUUCGAGCAGGACUCGGAGGGUGCCCCUACCACCAUCACCUACGACAUCACCGGCAAUGACGCCAACGCCAAGCGUGGCUUCCACAUCCACACCUUUGGCGACAACACCAACGGCUGCACCUCUGCCGGCCCUCACUUCAACCCCUUCAACAAGACCCACGGUUCUCCCUCUGAUGAGGCCCGUCACGUUGGUGACCUCGGCAACAUCGAGACUGAUGCUCAGGGCAAUGCCAAGGGCACCAUCACCGACAAGCUUGUCCAGCUGAUUGGCCCCAACAGCGUCAUUGGCCGCACUGUUGUUGUCCACGCCGGCACCGACGAUCUCGGCAAGGGUGACAACGAGGAGUCCCUCAAGACCGGUAACGCUGGUCCCCGACCUGCUUGCGGUGUCAUUGGUAUCUCCGCCUAAGCUCGCCAAAGCACUGUAGCUGCUAUGCGCUUCACCUAAGCUUCUAGAAGAUGGAAACAAUUUGUAUGGCAACUGAAUGGAACUUGCCCCCGGCUAGGUAAAAUGUAGUAAACAGGUAAACAAACAAAUAAAACAAGUUAAAAAACCGC